CUAUCAAUUGCUGGCAUUUGAACAUAUCAAUCCUACUUCAAAACUUGAGACCGUCAUCAUGCGUUUCUCAGUCCUGGCCCUCCUUCCAUUCUUAGCCACAGCUGUCAUUGCCCAACAAAAGGGUGAUAAAGGCGAAUGUCGCAAUGACGCUGACUGUAUCCGAUGCGUAAACGGCGUCACGCCACUCAUCUGCAAAACCGAUGCUACCUCAACAACUGGAAAGCGGUGCGGUGUUACGGGCGGGCCUUGUCGUCCUAUUAACAAGAGGAGGUGGCAGGAGCGUAUGAUUUGAAAAAAAUUGAUUUACGGCACCCAAAGGCGUUGUUGUUUACAUCCAUCCAUAGAAAGGCGGAGCCAGUAUGCCGCUUGUCUAGCUUGCCUUCCUCUUCAACAGGAGCAACACCUGUUCAACUAGCCUAUUGGCAUGGAAGGAGGCAACUGUCGUGGCGAAUGAGUUUUGCGACCAUGAUAAGAUGAAGGCUGAAGCCCAAAUUCUCCGGUCGUUAGUGGCCUUUCUUCAUCUCCC